AUGUCUUACGAUCAGUACAACCAGAACCCUUAUCAGCAGGGCCCAGCUCAGGGAGGUUCUCAUGGUUACGGCCAGGCCAAUCCAUAUGCGCAAGAUGCGCCAGCCCAUGGCAACAACCAGUAUGAGAUGCAAGACUAUUCGCAGCAGGCUCCCGCCGGUAGCUCAAGUCUUUCCCAACAGGAAUUCCUCCACCGCGUGCAGAAGCUUCGCGAUGAGAUUAAGGGUCUGACCAACGACGUCGAUUACAUCGGCCAGCUCCACCAGCGAACUCUUAGCAGCACUGAUGGCUCCGCAAACCACGAUCUCGAGCAGUAUGUCUCUCAGACUCAGAUUCGCAACACCGCCAUCAAGGAUGGAAUCAAGGGACUAGAGCGUGAUCUCGCAAAGACGAAUGACAGCUCUCGUACCACCAAAGAAACCCAGCUGCAAUCUCUCAGGACAUUCUUCAAGUCCGAGCUCGACAAGUACCAGAGUAUCGAGCGCGAUUACAGACAACGUUACCGCGACCAGAUUGCUCGCCAGUAUCGUAUUGUCAACCCCGAGGCAUCCGAAUCCGAGGUUCAAGAAGCCGCCAACGCCGAUUGGGGUAACGAAGGUGUCUUCCAGACUGCUCUGCGAACAAACCGCACUGGACAUGCCAGCUCCGUGCUUGGUAACGUUCGUGCCCGCCACAGCGAGCUUCAGCGCAUCGAGCAGACACUCUCCGAGCUUGCCAUCCUCUACCAGGAGCUUGCCACUAUUGUCGAGCAGCAAGACCCUGUCGUCCAGGCCGCCGAGACAAAUGCAAUCAACACUGAGGAGAACAUGGUUAAGGGCAACGAGCAAGUCGAAGUCGCCAAAAAGCACGCCCGCAACCGUCGCAAGCUCAAGUGGUGGUGCGCCCUUGUCGUCCUACUUAUUAUCAUUGCCAUUGCUGUUGGUGUUGGUGUCGGUGUCACUGUAGCCAACAACAACAGCAAGUAG